CUUGCAUAAAAAUGCGAAUUACGGCAGCUUCUGCUUUAGAGACACUAUUAAAUUCAUUUAGUAUUAUUAGCUGAAUGGCGCAUCAUCAUUAAAGGGUGUCGAAUGUCUGUCUGAUGCAUUGCAUUGUAGUUUUAUUAAUUUAUUCUAUUAGUGGGAAUGAGAGUGACUGAUGAUGGAGAAUUUAGCCCUAUUUAUCACGGCAGAUAUAGAGUCGGAAAGCCUGAAAUUCUGUGAACUGUUUCACAUUGACUUUAUAAACAUAUGUAAUUACGUAUAAACAUAUGUAUAACUAUCCUGUAUACAUUUUAUGGUAGCUUAAUUUUUUAUUCAGCAGGAGAAUGCUAUAUUUGAACUCGAUAAAGAAAAAUUAUUUGAGCUUAGGCUUUGAAAAAUGGCGAUUCAAUUUAACUUGAUGUAUAGCUAAUAAGCAACAAUCAGAUGCUGAGAAUUGCUGGAAUUCUAACUCGACGUAUUGCGCUCUCCUGUAACCGCGGUGAGCUGCGAAAGAGAUAACUGCCUGGAAAUUAAGCGUUAUGUUUAAACAGAUAGUGAACAAGUGAAGUUAAAAACUUCGGUAAUUAGUUUCAAUCAACCAGUCAAUGUUUUAUUUCGAUGACAAAAAUCUAAUCUGUGACAACGCAUCUACCUCCUGACCUUUGCUAUCUCGAUAAAACUAUUUGUAGCUUAUAAAGUUGUGUUAUGUAUUCGACCCAUCAUCUGAACUGGUAUCUACACCACUUUCUUGAUAUUAGAUUUAGAGAGGGUGUAGGUAAAUCACCAGUACACACAUACAUAUUUGUCUGAAAAAAGAAUAAUCCAUAAUUAGACAGCAAAUAGAGACAGAGACUGCUGGGUUGAGUAAAAUACAUAUCGAAGAAAACGCUUUUUAACGAUUUUUUGUUUGGUCACAAGAAUCAAUUUUGCAUUGAGUGACUUCUUAAGAAAUUUGAAAAAAACUCCUGGCAUAUAUGGAAAUGAGUAUAAAUAAAUGAAGCAGCAGAGUUUUAAUUAUUGUUGGUCAAAUAUUAUCAUUCUUAGUCCAGGUGUGCAGGAUGAAUAAGGUUGGUACGGAAGUCAAUUUGUACACUUGGCCGUUUUUAGCUGUUUCGGGCGUCCACCCUGUACCUAUUUCAACCGUACUUUAGAAAAUACAUCCCAAAUAGUAAUAUUUUGUUGAAUUCAUCGUUUAUUAUUAUCUAUUUAUUAAAAUAUAUAAUAUAUACAGUAAUUUAAAAUACAUUUUUCAACCCCUAAAAAUUUCAGAGCACUUGUUUAAGUAAUCAAAGAGAAACGUGAUUUUCUCACAACGAUAAGAAAAAAAAUAACAACAAAAACAUAAUAACAAAACAAUCCAUAGGUAAACUUUGUAUCCAACAAUUAACAAAAGAAAUGGCGCCAAAUUAUUGUUUUGUCGCGGAAAAGAGCGUGAUAAGCAUCCUCAGUUCGUUGUAUGGAUUAGAAGUGGAAUCCAUUUCAAAUAUAGGAAGCUAUUUCAAUGUAAAUUAUUUGGUAAAAACUCGUCUGUCACGUAAAAUUCAACCAGAUCAAAUAAAGUAUAUUGUCAAGAUCAUUAAUACCAACAGCGACAGUUUCUUUGACAACAUAGAUCUUCAACAACAUUUGAUGGAGCAUCUCAAAAUGAAUGAUGUAGGAUGCCCAGUUCCUUUGAAAACAAUUAAAGGAAAUGCUUUUGUCAAAGGGCACGGAGAGGAUAGUUGCUACCUGCUGCAACUCCUAUCUUUUCUUCCUGGCCAAUCAAUCACAUCAGUCAGUGCAAGUGUAGAAGAUCUAAAUGAAAUAUUUUACAAUGUUGGGAUACACAUGGCAAGAUUUCACCAAGCGAGCAAGACUUUGAAAUUUGACUGUUCUUCGAUGAGCUCCAAUUUCCUCUUUCGACCAGAGAAUGCUUUCCAAAUUUGCGGCAAGAUUGAUUAUGUUUCGGAUAAAAGAGUAAAAAGGUCUAUCGAAAAACACAUGGAAUCUUUUCGACGUAAUUUUCUGCCUCGUGUCCAUGAGUUAAGAAAAGGUUUUAUUCACGGAGACUUCAGUGAAUCAAACGUUAUUGUCAAAAAGCGAAAUCCAGGUCCGAAAUCUGCGCAGGAAAAUUUGUGGCACGUCACUGGAAUUAUUGAUUUUGAGCACUGUCACUAUGGAUAUAUAAUAGGGGAAUUAGGAAUCAGCAUUGCUUAUCACAUGACUAAGUCUGUUUCAACUCCAGCAUCCGAUAUAAUUACAUCUACGAGGCAUAUUAUUAAUGGCUACCAGUCUAUGAAUCCUUUAACUCUCGUUGAAAAAGAGCUUUUAUUUGACGCUGUCGUGAGUCGUCUUGGCGUAUCCUACGUAUCAGGUUGUUAUAACUCAUCCCUAUAUCCAGAGAAAAAAGAUUUAUUCAUGAUGCAGUCAAAACAUAUUCCGCAAAUCCUAGAUAUUUUAGAUAAAAUGGAAAAAAAGAAAAUCAUAUCAAUGUGGUUUGAAAACGAGUGAAUUAGAAGCCAGUGAAUCAAUACUAGACGGUACGCUGUGUACGUAAUUCCUUCAGAUGCCUCCUAACUCAAUAUGAAAAAUGUGGCAAUAAUAUAUUAUUGGUAAUCCUUAUUGAAGUUUUAAUACUCAGGUGCUCUGUUGUCAAUCCUGCAACAUAUAGAAAUCUUGCUUUACUUUUUUUUUCAAAUUGCUUCUAAUCUUUGUGUUAAGACUUUUUAUUAGGAUAAGAUGCUAGAAUUCAGCGGUUCUCAACCUUUUUCAGAGCCGCAUCUUAAACUUUAAAGUUGUAAGGAGGCCCAUAAAAACAACGCUAAUUAAAAUAGCAACAAAACAAAACUCAAGUAUGCAUUUUAAAAUAACAUAAUCAACAAAACUCGGGCUAAAAACUGAUUUAACGUAAACUUGACAUUGGCUUUGAUUCUGAAGUCUGAAAAAGCGAGCCGCAAUCAUGAUGGAUGCAGCUACGCUGACAUUAAUUCAACCGAUUAAACUACUAGAGUUUAGUAUUUCAAUUUUAGACAAGCCCUUGAGUAUUCUUCAUAAAUUCUCUCUGCUAAAUAGGCUUGUAUAUAAAAUACUUAUUGUUAAUUGUUAUUACUAAUCACAAUUUUAGAUAUUAUUGAAUAUUUCUUUGUUUGCAAUUUAUUUCGCAUUUCGCUACAAUUACCUAAAGUUAUUUCUUGUAUAUCAUAUUAAUCCCCCUCCUUAGGAAUCCCCCUAUUGAAUUACAAUCAUGAUAUCUGUUCUGUAAAUUAAUAUCUAUAUUUUACACAUAUGUAUAUACACAUGAAAACACUUUCGUUUUUUUAUAAUAUCAUUUGUUGUGAUAAAUACAUUUACUUCAUACAUGUUAAUAAUCCAAUAUAUGAAAUUAGAUGGCUCUAAUUGGUCUAAAUCGAGGUUCACUCCUGGCGUUCAAAACUGUACUGUACAAACGACUGAUAAAUAAUAAAAACAUAUAUAUAUGGCAA